AUGGAGGAGUUGGGAGCCCUACGAGUCCUCAACAAGCAGCGGCAGCGGCAGUUCAAGCAGGCUCAAAUGCAGGACGUCAUGGUGAAGCUGGCCGAGUCCAAUGCGAGGACGUUGAGAGCUGAGGAGGAGCGCCAUUUGGCGUUGAAGGCUUUGAGUAGAAGUGAGGAGCUAGUGGAUGCUCGUGGAGUUGGACAGCCCUUCAAAUUCAGCGGCAAGGUGGACCAGGAUUUUUCAGAGUGGGAUCAUAAGAUGAGAACUUUCUUGCGAGCCAAGUUCAGAGCUGAUGUGGACACAGUUUUGCAAUGGGCGACGAAGCAGAGAAAGGUGAUCAUGCGCUACACGGAUGGCUCAUCGAGGACCUCUUCAUGGGAUCCUGUCUUUGGGGAUUCAGCAGAUGCUCUUGAUCAAGUUGAAGGAGUGGACAAAAUGGUGGAGGGCAUCUACGCCUACUUGGUUUCCUUCACAACAGGGGGGGCCAACAAGGUUGUCCGCAACUCUGGAACAGAUGGGCUGGAGGCUUGGCGUCGAGUUCAUGCUGAAUAUGACCCGACGUCUUCAGUUCGAAGGGUUGCGGUGCUUGGCAUGGUGCAGAAUCCUCCCAAGUGCAAGAGCGUUGAGGAGUUGGGAGGAGCUUUGGAAGAUUGGUUGGCCAAAAACGAGGAGUUCACAGACAAUGACGGCCGACCCUGCCGUGUGAGUGAUGACUCGCUUUUGGCAGCAAUGCAUCAGCUGAUGCCCCAGUCUUUAGAGGAGAGCCUGAUGCUUCGACAAGAUGAGUUCACCACCUAUGAGGAGCUCUUUGACAGGUUGUCCAGCUUUGCAUCUACGAAACACAGCUUGCACAUCUCCAGACGAGAGCUUGGGUCUAGCAGUGGAGGCGGAAAGAAGAAAGAUGACAACGCCAUGGACAUUGGGGCUUUGAAUGCAGUCUCAAAGUCCAAGGGCAAAGGAGGCAAGAACAUCACCUGCUACAAGUGUGGGCGACCUGGACACCGUGCAGCCGAUUGUCGAAGUGGAGGCAAAGGUUAUGGCAAGGGAGGGCUAUGGGGUUCGAACAAUGCUUCUUCCUUGGAAGCGGUGCCCAAUACGACUUAUCGUGAACCUGGAGCAGAACCUGAAUGUGGCAAGGACUUGGGCUAUUUGGAUCUAUGUGCUUGUGAUCAUUGCGGUGAAGUUUGUAUGGUUGGUGGAUCCGACACGAGCCAAGAUGACAGCAUGGAGGUCGAGAUUGAGGGCCGCAAGCCUGACUACUUGGUGGAGUAUGACGGUGAGGAGUGGAUCAAGGUGAACUAUGACAGUGGGGCGGUGACAACAGUCAUCCCAGUUGAGAUGGUGGAGGACGAUCUCAAGCUCCAUCGCAUCGGGGACUUCAAGGUAGCCAAUGGAGAGAAGAUCCCGCGCUAUGGGAAGGUCAGGAUGCCUGUGAUGGAUGAGCGUGGCAACAGGCGUGGGAUAAGUGCAACGGUGACCCAUGUUCACAAGCCUCUUGGGUCUGCCGGCGAAUUCAGCAAGAAUCAUGACGCCUACCUUUGGAAGGAUGGUGGCAUUCUUCUUCCUCGCAAUGGAGCUUUGGCCACUGAGAUGCGCAACCACUACAAGAGGAUCACAAGGCAGUUCAGCGAUCAGCAGGUGAUCCCCCUCUACAAGGAAGGCAACCUCUACAACUUCUAUGUGCAGAAGCGGGGCAAGAUGGCUGAGAUUUGUGCCAUUGACAGUGGCAGUCUUGUUGCUUGGAGAGGAUGGGAGAUGAUGAGACAGGGGCUGGAUCCGAUUCAGCCACAUUGGCAAGCAUAUGAGCCAAGCAGCAGAGGGCCGCCACCAGGGUUGCCUGAGGAUGUUCAGUGUUGGAAGAGGGGAGACAGAGAUUGUUUCACAUUUCGGGCCACGUCUCAAGAUGGGCCUGAUUGGGCUGAUGUAGUUUGGAGGAGGAGCAUAGAUGAAGAGAUUGAUGAGGUCUUGCGAGAAGAGUCUACGCUUGCUCCUGAAUUCAAUCCACACGCUCAUUUUGAGCCGUGGUGCAAGAGGAUGGUGACUGAGCUGUGGUUUGUGCCUCCGCCCAUUGACUCCAGGGGUGUUGUCAAAGCAGACAAAGCAGAUCGUCCGAGCAGAAGACAGGUUGAGGAGCAUGCCCUGGAGAACCAUGCGGUUUAUCGCAGCUGGUGCCCGGCCUGUGUUGAAGGUCGUGCAACGGGCUCUAAGCAUCGAGCUCGGACGGAGGCAGAGAAGGAGGAGCGUGGGCCCACUAUCCAUGCUGACUUCUUCUACAUGUCAACUGAGGAAGACUCAGCACCAUUUUUGGCAUUGAAAAGCGGGAGGUCUGGGGGACUUCAGGCCAUUGCUUUGGUCUCGAAGACUUCCAACGAGUAUGUGCAGAAGGCCAUUGCAAGGUUUGUUGAGGAGACUGGGCACAAGAGGGUGGUCUUCAUGUCUGACAAUGAGCCGGCGCUGGUCAAACUCAAGCAGGAUGCGGCGGUGAAGCUCCGCAAUGUCGAGGUGGUCCAUCGCACGGCUCCAGUGGGAGAUCAUCGUGCCAACGGCAAUGCUGAGGUGGCAGUGCGAGAAAUCAAGCGUCAGAUGAGGUCCAUCAGGAUUUCUUUGGAGCAGAAGUUGAAGGGCAAGAUCUCCAACACGAGUCCUUUGCUGGCGUGGAUGGUCACCUACAUGCGAGAAGCGGUGGAGAAGGAUGGCAAGCCGAAGAGAGAUUGGGAACAGCGGAUGAUUGAAGUCCGCUAUGUUGGGCAUCAUUCACGUUCUGGUGCAAUUCUUGGACUUACUCCAGGUGGCCUACGGGUUGGUGCUGCUGUGAGAAGGCUUGGAGAAGAUUUGAGGUGGAAGUCAGAAGGGUUAGAGGACCUUGGUGGGCUUCCAUGGGAUGUCAAGAAGAGAGCUGCUGGAGAGAGGCUGGAAAGUGGUCAACGUGCUCCAAGGUUGCCGCCUCCGGCACCUGAUACGCCAGAUGCGAGGGCGUUCUAUGUUCAGAAGAAGGACAUCGACAGGUUUGGUUACAGUGAGGAUUGCCGUGGAUGCAAAGCCUUGAGAGAAGGGAAACGUGCAGUAGCCCACAGCAAGCAGUGCAGAGACAGAAUCUAUCAGUCGCUGUCUGAGUCAGAUGGAAAGCUCAGGACUCAGCGCCACUUUGAGAGAGUGUCCAGCAGACUUGAGGUCAGGUUGGAACAUGAAGCAGAAGAGGCAAAGAAGAGGAAGGUUGCGGUUCAGCCCGCAUCAGAGGGCGAGAGGCUGGCCAUUGAAGAUGCGCCGGCAGCAUCGGCAGUUCAACCGGGUGCUGCAGACACUUUGGGGCGCAGACAAGAUGAAGGUCAAGAAGGAUCUCCAAGAUCGCCGAAGAGAUGGAAAGCAGAUGGCCAUAUGAGAUACAAGCGUGAGGCUGAGACCCCAGUGCAAGAGUUGGAGAGUGGUGGUGCGGUAGGCUCCACAGAUCAGGCUCAGACUGUUUUACGGCCUGCUGCGAGUGAUGUGCCGCCGGUGAUUUCGGCGGGUGAUGUUUCCAUUGAGGAUGUCUUGGCGCCUGAACCUCAUGGACAAGCUGAUGCUGGAGGCGAUAUCUCGAGCAUCGACUGGGGAGCCUAUGAAGCGGUGGAGAUGACUUCAUCGAAGUGCAGAACUUUGUCUUCGCUGGACUAUUGCGAGCGGAGGUUGUCAAUGAGGAGGAAAGAGCUUGGCAGUGUGGAUGUGGCAGAAGUUUUCUCGCCACCGAGAUUCACCUUGAGAGCUGGGAUUUUGGGCCUGGCUCCGGGCUUUGCUGUGGAUUUGGCUACGAAGAAGCCGAUUGUGGGCAAGGAGGAUGAAUACUGGGAUUUGAAUAGGUCAGAGGACCGUUUGGAGUUGGACUGGUUGAUCGACAAGGAGGACCCGGUUCUUCUUACUGGAUCCCCUCGUUGCGAUCCAUUCAGCUUGCUUCAGAACCUCAGCAAGGAGUACAAGGAUAACCCAGUGAGAAAGCUUCGCCGAGAAGAAGGUGAACAACAUCUACGGCAGUGUGUGGAUCUCUACAUCAAGCAGAUGUUGAGAGGUCGCUACUUUCUUCAUGAGCAUCCUGCAGGUGCAGAUUCAUGGGAUGUUCAAGAGAUGAUUGAACUCCAGCGCAUGGAUGGAGUCUACACGGUGUCGGGGCCAAUGUGCUUUUGGAACAUGAAGUUGAAGACCCCGAAACUUGGUGCUGGCAAAGUUUACAAGAAUACCAAAUGGGUGACCAAUUCUCGUGAGAUUGCAGAGGUGUUGGACCAGUACUGCACGAAUAGAUGUGGAGGCCCAAUCCAUCGACACAUUCCUUUAGUUGGUGGCAUGGCACAUCUAUGUGAAGCUUAUCCAGUGGAGUUGGUUGAUGCGGUUUUGGAGGGGCUCAAACGGCAGAUGAAGGCAGACAAUCAUGUCAGUGCUUUGGAACUUUUUGCGAGUGGCCCUGGUCCAACAGAACCUUUGUUUGAUGCAGAGACCGAGAAGCAGAUGGAAGAGGAGGUGCAGGAGUACUUCGACGACAUCAGUGGCGAAGUCCUUCCUUCAGAAUUGGUUCGUAAAGCGAGGCAGGAGGAGAUGGACUGGAUCAAGAAGAUCGAGCUCUACGACAAGGUGCCUCGGUCUAUGGCUUUGGAGCGCAACAAAGCCAUACUACCUGUUCGUUGGGUGGAUGUCAAGCUGCGGAGCAGAAUUGUGGGGAAAGAGCUCAAGGCCAAGACCAAGGAAUCCCUACUUGCACAUGAACUUUUCAGUGCGACUCCGCCCUGGGAGUCAGUGAAGAGUUUGUUUUCACUCCUAGUAACUGACCUACCUAAGAGUGCAACAGCUGGCGGACAGGAACUGGUCAUGGGGGUCUAUGACAUUUCCCGCGCGCACUUUAUGCCGAAGGUGGAGCGGGAGCUAUACAUUGAACUACCUCCUGAAGACCGAGUUCCUGGCGAAGAUCUGGUUGGGAAGCUGAAGCGAAACAUGUAUGGCUUCCGUGAUGCAAGCCAUGGUUGGAUGAAAGACUGGCAGAAGCUUUUAGAAGUUGCAGCGGUGGACAAGAUGAAAGAGCUUUUGGGUUCGAAGUAUCAGAUGCGUGAAGCCCAUCGCCUUGGUUUUGGUGAAGGGUGUGUUCGCUCUGCAACGGUGCUCAACCGAGUUGUUCAGCUACGUCAUGACGAAGGAGGACGGCGUUGGGUUCAGAUCGAGCCCGACAAGAGGCAUGUGGAGCUGAUUUUACAAACAGCUGGUGUGAAUCCGAACAGUUCAAAUGGCGUGACUACCCCUUCGGUCAAGCCUACGGAAGAACAGGCUCAUCAGUUGCAGUUCUCUCCAGAACUACCACCACAACAAGCUUCACAGUAUCGUUCAGCAGUGAUGCGAGCGAGUUUCUUAGCCCAAGAACGUUGUGACCUUGCAGAAACAGUGAAACGUCUUGCUCAGGGCAUGUCUCGCCCUAGGCUGGCACACUGGGAGAUGCUCAAGCGAAUGGCGAGGUAUCUGGUCUUCAGACCGAAUGUGGCUUUGGUCUACCGACAGCAACGGAUGCCUGACCAUGUGAGGGUUUGUGUAGAUUCUGACUAUGCUGGAUGCAAGACAGUUAUUGGUUUGAACGUUUCUGAAUCUGAAUACUACGCUUUGGUUCAUGGGACAGCUCAUGGUUUAGGCCUACAAGCAUUCAUGUCAGAUUUGGGUUUGAACUUUGGCUUAGUGAUAGAAAGCGAUAGCAGUUCGGCAAAAGCAUUCGCUUCGAGAGUUGGCUUGGGAAAACAACGUCACGUGAUGACGAGAUAUCUCUGGCUGCAACAAGUGGUGCAAGCAGAAAGGGCAGUUAUUCGCAAGAUUGGAACUGCCCACAACCCUUCAGAUAUCCUGACGAAAUCAAGCAGUGGCGCAACGAUCGACAAGCACAUGAUGGCGAUGAGUGUGGUGGUGUUGCCUGAAGCAUCAUGCUUGCAAAAGAGCAUACACGUGCCAGGCUCCACUACCAAUAGCAUGCCUGCUUCGACGUAA